CUUGCAUUAUCAGCUGCUGCCGAGGAUGUGUAAAAAGGGGAAGGGCAUGCUGCAAAAGAGUAGCUAAUUUCUGUUGCUGCGUUGGAGAGGGUGUUUCAUGCUGCAGCACUAUAACGGGAACAUGUUUGCUGAAACUACUUUGCUGUUUUAUUGGGUCCGUCCCGUGCGGACUGUGCUGUGGCGGCUGUCGGGGGGAAGCUAAGAGCUCUGUACUCACACGCCUUCACUACCUCUGCUUCCUCGUUGCCAUUGUAAUCGUCUCCGCCAUCCUUCUGUCUCCCGGCGUCCAGAGAUCCAUGCAGGAAGAUGCGAAAGUCUUAUGUGUCAACUACAACCGGUCAGUGAGGGUGCCGUCUAAUGUCGUGACCUUUCCUACGGAGACGACCUCAGUGGACUCUCUUCUAAACUGUGACCAGUUCAUUGGCUACCUUGCAGUCUACCGUGUUUGCAUGGGUGUAGCUCUAUUCUUCUUCAUCAUGAUGCUUUUGAUGGUGCCAUAUUGUUUUAAAUCUUUACUAUUCCACAUCCAGAACGGGUUGUGGGUGAUCAAGUGGAUUGUAGUCAUUGUCGUCAUUGUUUCAUUAUUCUUCAUCCCCGAUGGACAAAAUCUUGUCUUCUCCAAAAUGGCAAUGGCUUUUGGACUGAUAGGCUCUUUCUUGUUCAUUAUCAUUCAGGUGAUUCUCCUGGUGGAUCUGGCACACCGAAUUGCCGCGUUUUUGCUGGACAAAAAAGAAGAAUCAGGAAGCAAUUUGUGGUCCUUGACUAUGGCAGUGGUCACUGUCCCUUUUAUCUUGUGUCUCUGAUUGGUAUUGCACUGAUGUAUACCUACUUCACUAAGUUGGAGAGUUGUUCUUUGAACAUAUUUUUUAUUACCAGCACACUGGUCCUUAGUGUGACUGUGACCAUUACCGCCAUACUACCCUGGAUCCAAAAAGUCCAGCCCAAGUCAGGAUGGUUCCAAGCUGCACUUAUCUCUGGCUACUGUACCUACCAAACCUGGUCUGCCAUCUCUGGUGAACCCUAUGGUCCAGAUAGGAACUGUCACAUCAACGGCAGCUCCUAUGCUGUGUUUGCUAACAAUGGCAACGCGUUAGCAGCAUCUAUUAUUGGGAUUGUUGUCCUCCUCAUCUCUAUUGCAUACAUGAGUUUUUAUCUGUCUAGCACAGAAAACCUCAGAAGGUUUAUAGGAAUCAGCAAGAACGAGGUGAAGCCAAGUGGAGAGAGUGAUGGCACACCAACUAAUACGAGUGGAGAGAGUGAUGGCACACCAACUAAUACGAGUGGAGGGAGCGAUGGCACACCAACUAAUACGAGUGGAGAGAGUGAUGGCACACCAGUGCCAUGGUGGAAGCCAAAAUAUAUUAACGAUGAAGAGAAGAAAGUUGCCUAUAUCUAUUCCGUCUUCCACUUCCUUAUGCUAAUCUCUGUUCUCUAUCUUAUGAUGCACCUUACCAACUGGGCUUAUCCUGGUGAGGUUGAUUCUGACCACUUCCAGAACAGCUGGGCCUCAGUGUGGGUGAAGAUGGCCACUGUUUGGAUCUGUUUUGGUGUCUACGAAUGGACACUCCUUGCCCCUCUGGUCCUGGCCAAAUGUCGGAAAUUUGAAUAAUAAUACACCUAACAAAAGACAGAACCCCACUUAGUUUACUAUCUAGAAAGUAGGUUAAAUUUAGCUAUUGCUGUAAGAACACCUGUAGCUAUAUACAUUGCUGUGCCAAUAACUGAACAUCGGUAGAAGUUUCAUUAUUUAUAGAGCGCGGGUCAUGAUCCAUGUGCAAAAACCUCAAAACUUGGUGAGACUGACUCACCUUACUCUACUUAAUAUUUAUAACAAGGAAAAAUGGCCCUGCAUUGUCUAUGUCUCAGACAAUAUCGGUGGUCCAGUGCUUGUGUGAGCUACGAAUAAUGGGGAGUAGAAAGACUAAAAAAGGUUGUGGUAGAACAUUGAUUAAUAUUUCGCGCAAUAAAGAAUUGCUCAAAUCUUUUGCUGAUUGCUUGAUA